UUCACCACACUAACCACAAUAGAACCGCACCAAGAAAAAAAAGAAUGUCGACACUCACCAGAGGAGAACGCGACGCGAAAGAUGAGAAAGGUGAUCAGCAUUCAGAAAUCAGGAUCGAUUUCUGAUGAGAAUCCAAUCGUUGAAAGCUCAGGGUUUUGCAUGAUCUUGCUUUCAUUCGAUUGAUGGAUUACACAGACUGAUGCCGGAAGAAGCAGAAACGGCAGCAUGGAAUCAUGCUCAGCAGCCCGGCUGGACGGUCACGGCCAGGGGACGAGGCUGAUGACAUCAGGCGCUCCAGCACUGGCGACCUCCGGCUCGGCGGACUGCAACAACGACCACCCGCUCUGAGCCUUUUAAAGUCUCGUGCGGAUGUGCAUCAAGGGCUUCCCACGGAACAGGAACGGACUUUGCAUGGCGUUCCGGCCGCAGACAGGCCAUCGAUUCCCAUAUACGAUGGCACAUCCGGGCCUAGAGGCAUCUCUCAUCUGGCCACCACUUCUAGGCAGAGCGUGCCACGACUGCAUCCAGGAGUUGGCUCUGACUUUGACAGCUUCUCUGCCUCACAGCCAGCAACGUAUUCUUGGAGGCGUGGUCACAGGUCAAUCGUUUCAACUUCUGCCUCUCAGCCUCCGCUCGCUUCUAGCGAUGCCAGACUUCCGCAGGACGCCGCCAUCUCUCAUAACUCUAUCCCAUCCGGAUUGCUACAUCGCGGCAGCCGCUAUCCUUGUCGAAUGCUACCAACGCUGAGCAGGGAACCGUGUACGUCUCAAACUUCAGCCGCUUCUGAAAGCAACAGGGGACCUUGCACCUUGCUACGAAUGCCAUCAAGAUAUCCGUACGCAUCUUCCACCGGGGAAAUCCAAGGAAACCGAGGCGAUCACAGCAGCAGGGCAGCAUUUGAUUCCGGCGACUCUCAAGCUGACAAGUCAUCGAACGAUACCAUUGUCUUGCACGAUGAUUCUUCCUGUCUCGAUUUACCAGUUCUGAAGAAAGUCAAACUCAGUCCUAUCAAGAAGAGUACACAACCUGCGAAACAUACACUUUCGAAGUACAAGUCCUUGGUACCACGUUCAAAACAGCGGCCUCGGAAGGAACUUGAGGGAACGGUCAGCAUGGGCGCGGCAGAGACUGGCCGCGAAGUUCAGAUUUCUUCAGAUAAAAAUGAGAUAUGGAAUGCUUGGAAGGCUGAUGUGCGACGCCGGGGAAAGGCUGGACAGACAAUGGAAAGCUCGUCAAAACAAUAUCAAUUGACCUCUUCGUAUCAUCCAACGCCAAAGUGUCUUGCUCCUGCUUGUUCAUCUUCCACACUGGGAAAAGUUGACGAGCAAUCGCACGCGAGCCCACAAAAUGCCGGAGGGGGGUUAUCAAUGCAAUCAAUCGGAGAUCGAUCAGACAGAAGGCCAUAUCAGAGCUUGGCAAGCUCAGAGGCACCUGGCCUCAAGAUACCCGGCAGCAGGACGUCGGAUGUUAGCUGGGAAACUUUGGUCAGCCAUGACAUCUCCCUCAAAGCGAGCUCUGCCUUAAGGUCAACCGCUUGGCCGCUCCGUAGAUCAGGCCUGCUUGUCCGACAUGUGCCAUUGCGCGCCCCUUCUAAGUCACCAACCGUAAGCAAAUCGCAACUCAGCUCGUCCCUACGUCGACGAGUCGAAUCGAACAUAGCCUUCUUGCAUUCUGAGUUAUCACCCGACUCGGGUCGCCAAGUCACAAGGGCUACUCGACAUCCGAACCGAGCGGAGACAAAUGGAGAGACCGAUGAAAUGGCAGAUGAAAAGUUUGUUGCACUCACGAAUGGUGCAGCAGAGCUCAAGGAAAGGGCCCAGAAGAAAGGAAGAUCAGAGUUAGGCCAGGAAAAAUCGCUUUCUAGAGAAGCGGUAAGCCUGUCGCCUGACGAAGACGACGAAGGCGGCGAAGAACUGCUGGCAGAAAAGCCUCUGCCGUUUGAUGGGCGCCUGCUUGAUCCAGAGCUUGUGGCAGAGCCGCAGGCAGAGAAAGAAGCAUCAGCCAAGGCAGAAGACGUCCCUGCAGCUGAGGCAGAUGUGGAGGCAAAAACAGAAGCACAAUUGCGCGCCGAAGCCGAUUCGACGCUUAAACCUGAAGCUGGGGCCCGAGGCGAAGAAGGGGCCGAAGCCGAAGCCAAAUCUAAAACUAAAACAACAACAAAAACAAAAACCAAAGCUGAACCAGAGCCAGAAGGAAAAGCGGUGGCAGAAGCAGAUGCCGAGGCAGAGGCAGAGGCGAUCAAAGUUCAGAUCACACACCCGAAUGCAGCAAAGGCUGGGACGCAGCGUUCAGUUGGAAAUUCAGCAGGUGAACGAGCAAAAGGCAAGGAGAAGUUGUAUACCAAAACCACAGAGUCUCGGGAGCAAGAGUUACUCCCAGCACACCCAUUCUUUUGCGAGGACGCGGUUUGGCGGGACGAACCGGAAGCAGGGUUGAUCAUCAAACGCACCAGGGAUUCGAUAGCCCGUGCUCGUUCGGUUGGAUGGGUCGACCCCAACCUGCCUCCACCGAGGCUAUCGAAGGGCACAAUUGGGCGCAGAGAUGACAAGGACUCAACAGGUAGCUCAGAUGAAGCAUGUUUAGGACGAAGGCCUGAGCUGGACGCGCUCAAGGCGUUGCUGGAUGACACAGAGUCGCUUAGCAAGCGUCCGCGGCCAUUCUACAACGAUGCGAUCUCCAUCGGGUCUGAGACCGAGGAAGAUGAUGAGGAGCGGCCGUACGACUCCGAGGAGAACGAGAGGCAAAAUCGACAAGCCGAGAAGCUGAACAAGCGAAAACGGCAAAGGAAUGCUGCCGGAAAGUGCAAGCGGAGCAUAUUGUCGUCUCGUUCGAAAAGGAAGCAAACGCGAUCAGUUUCGUCGGCGCGCAGACUUUCUAUUAUUUCAAACCGCAACGAUGAGGACGCCUCGUCCAGAAAGAAGGCCCAAACGAGGAAGAGCAACGGCUUCGGUAGUACUGCGCCAUCCAUCUCUGAAGCAUGGCUCGAAGCUCAAAACGCUGCUACUGCUCAGCUUGGGCCUCACAUCCCUCGAUCGCGCUCAGCAUCUCCCCUUGCUCCACCAUCUUUGCCAGACGUCGACCUGCAUCCUCCGAGAAAUGUAAAGCACAUCGAAGCUCGACAGAGCCCGCUUACUGGCCUUCUCAGACAUCGUAUAGAACGUGAGCGGUCCACCGAGAACGUUUGCGACAAGAUCACUGGGUAUUGGGGCGGCGAUGCAUGGCGCUGGGAGCCAUGGGUUAUCCUCGAUAAGGAGCAGCGGGCCCUCGUUCAGUGGAACUUGCGCUCUUUCCACCUCGGCGUCGCACUGCAGGUCUUGGAGUUGGCAAAAAUGACCUCUGCAGACAAGGGAUCUGGAGGCAGCGUUCCAUUUGCAGCGUCACUUGCCAUCAGCCAGGCAAUCCUCCGACGUGAUCCAGAGGAGAGUCACAUUCAAGCAAUCACGAGGAGAGACUUGUGGCGUGCAGCAGUAUCGCUCGUGGGAAUGGAGUGCACUACAUGGACAUGAAAGCGUGUGCUGCAACGUGUGGCGCUCAUACAUCCAAUUUACCCCCUACCUCCUAUGAUCAUCUUGGUCAUUCACAAGGGUGUUGGCGGCGUAAUACUCGCAUCAGUUUUGUCUAUCCCCAAGAUUUAUUGCAUGCAUAAUGUAGAAUACCAAAUGCGCAAUGUAAAAAAAUAGCGGUGAAGGU